AUGGGGAGCAUCGACAUUUCCGCCUGCGAUCAACUGCAGUUCAAAACACCAUGGAUCGAGACACCACUGGUCGAGUCUGCGUGCCUUUCUCGGGCAGCUGGAUGUAGAAUCUUCCUAAAGUUGGAGAACGUGCAGCCCAGCGGUUCCUUCAAGUCCCGUGCUAUGGGCAACCAAAUCCUCUCUCACCUUCGCAACCCAGCAAACGUGGGCCGCAGAGUCCACUUCUACGCCUCGUCCGGAGGAAACGCCGGACUGGCAGCCGUCUGUGCUGCCCGGAGCCUGGGCUACCCAUGCACUGUCGUGGUGCCCAUGAGCACGAAGCCCUUGAUGCUUGACAAGAUCCGGGCAGCAGGCGCGGAAGACGUCAUCCGUCACGGCGAGACAUUCUCCGAAGCAGGAGAAUACAUGCGGGAAACUAUCAUGAAGACAACCAACGAGGAUGACCAGGAUGUGAUCAAGAUUGCCCUCCACCCGUUCGACAACCAGCCUAUCUGGGAAGGAAACGGCACCAUCAUCGACGAGCUCGAGACCCAGCUUCCUCCCGCCACCAGCCCCGAAGACAAAAAAGCCUACAAUGACCGAGCCCUUCCCCUAGACGCCAUCCUUUGCAGCGUCGGCGGUGGCGGCCUCCUCAACGGCCUCGUCAUGGGCAUCGAAAAGCGACGACAGAAGAAACAAAUUACCUCCUCUUCCUUCUCCACACCAAACCCCAUUCACCUCCUCGCCAUUGAAACGGCUGGUACCGAUUCCCUGGCAGCAGCCAUCGCCCAUAAAUCUCUCAUCUCCCUCCCAAAGAUCACAUCCCAGGCCACUUCUCUCGGCGCUGUCCGCGUCUCGGAAACAACCUUCCAGUACGCUGUGUCCCCGCCCCCAGGCAUCAAGGUGCACAGCACUGUCCUCUCAGAUGCAGACGCCGCCCGCGGUGUGCUCCGCCUCGCCAACGACGAACGACUCCUCGUCGAGCUUGCGUGUGGUGUCUGCAUCGAGGCGGCCAUCGGCGAUGCUGCUACUGCUGUUCCAGUGUCGGUGCCUGCCGGCGCAGGUGCCCAGGGCAUUAAGAAGCGUAAGAGGGGCUUGGUUGAGUCUGAUGUUACUUACCGCGAUGAAGGCUACGGGGAUGACCGGUCGACCUCGACGGAUAAUGAGACCGACCAGGAGCCUGAGCCGGAGGUCGGCGAGAAGCUCAACUCAAAGCUUAAGCAGCUUGUUCCUAAUCUCAACUCGGAGAGCAGAGUUGUUAUCAUUGUCUGCGGUGGCAGCUAUGUCACUAUUGAUAUGGCUUGUGAAUGGCGUAAGAUGUUGGAUGAGGGAUGGGCAUGA